AUAUUAUCGCCAUCUAUGAGAUAUGUCUACAAGUACAAGUCAUGGUCGAAACUGGUAGUGGUAGGACUGAUCGUUAAACCGCGAACCUUGUACCAUGUAGUAGCUCGGUUCGCGGUUACUUGCUAUCUAGCCUUUUCUGUUUCACAAGUCCUUGGCGCCGUAUUGCUGACAGUUUUGUUGCUAUCAAAUAUGCCGUCUGUCACCUUGAAAGAUGUUGAUCAGCACAAAUUUGUCAAAGCAUUUUCUGCUUUCUUGAAAAAGACUGGCAAGAUGAAGGUUCCGGAGUGGGUUGAUAUUAUAAAGUCUGCUAAGUUCAAGGAACUAGCUCCUUAUGAUCCUGACUGGUACUACAUUAGAUGUGCAGCCCUUGUCCGACAUAUUUACAUUCGUAGUCCAAUUGGUGUUGGAGCUGUCACGAAAAUUUUUGGAGGUCGCAAACGCAAUGGCACUCACCCCAGCCAUUUCUGUAGAUCAGCAGGAGGAGUUGCCCGUAAAGCACUCCAGAGUUUGGAACAACUCAAAUUGAUUGAGAAAACCCCCACUGGUGGCCGUAAGUUGACCAGCCAAGGCAGAAGAGAUCUUGACCGAAUUGCUGCUCAGGUCAAAGCUAAGAGCAAAAAACAACUGAAAUUACAAGAGACUUUAGUUCUGUGAAACAUCUUAUAUAAUAAAAAUAUAAAAAUCAAUUCCUUGGUUGUAUUUUCAACAGUAA